AUGCAAGAGAGAGUAAGACUUCCCCACCAAGUCGAAAACCGCCGAGCUCAAAUUGCAGAUAUGCAGGGAGUCACUGAGGCACUGAAAGACCAAAUUACCUCUGUCGUCGAUGGUGUUCACGGCAACGUCCUCGGCGAGGGGUUGGGCGCUCUUGUAGAGCUUGAAGGGAGUGAGGAUGUGGAGGGCGAGUCACUCGCAUUGGAAGGUGAAGAAACCAUGUUUCCGAGCCCAGCUCAGGAACUUUAG